AUGAGGAUAAGUAAAAGACUCAUUAACAACAGCUUACUAAAAGCAGAGUGUGAAGCCUCACUUCCACCUUUGGACGAUUCCACACUAACGGCAUCACUGAGUCCAUGCACAGAGCAUCUGAGGCGAUUGGAUUAGGAAGGAGAAUUGACUUAUCUUCAGGAUUUCCACCAACACUAGAGCAAUCUCCUAUUCUCUCCGGUGCAUCUCCUUCUUCAGAUGAUGGUGUCAGUUCGAUUUCCCUCUCACGUAGAAGUACCGGUUUAUCUAAACUGAUCUUAUUUGGGCGUCUGUUACGUUCCGUCUGCAGAUCAGAUCUCAGAGCUUGGAGACGGUAGUAAUCUCUGCAGUCUUUGUGACCACAAUUCACUGCAAGUUGAUAACCACCCCCAGUUCGACCGCUUGUUGAUGAGAUAAGAGUUGUUCCUGUAGCUCCUGCCACAUCAGGCAUGCUUCUAAAAGCCUUUAGUCGAACACUGUAAGCCACUAAGUUUUCAUAACCCCUUUGAAUCCUUUUUUGUGGAUUAUAAGAGACUGAAGUAAACGUUUUCGAUGAACAGCUUGUGGUAGAAGAUUUUGUAGAGCUUAUUGAUUCUGUUGAUUUUGAAGAACUUGUAAAGUGUGUUGAUGAGGACCUGGAACUACUGAAUUCCACCCCGUACGGAUCCACAAUUUCUCGAUUAUCAUAAAGACGGAAUCUUGAUGUUGCUAAUGAUCGGGUUCUUUGUUGUUCUGUGAGGAGUUUGCAGUUAAGAACGUGAGUUUCUUGAUCUGACACUUCCAUAUUGAAAGUCCUUUGUCGUUGUACUUGAUCACGUUCGGAUUUCUGGUGUUGAUUGCGAUGGUGGUGAUGUCCCUGGUGGUGUCUGCGGUGGCUACUUUUAUCUCGUGGCUCUUCUUGAGCUUUGCUCGAUGAUUGUGAUGGACGUGAAUUUCGAGAAUGUCGACUUUUGGUGCAUGCUGUUGAUGAUAUGGGUGGCGGCAGAUUAUUCAUUCUAGGUGGAAGCUGUGGUUGAAUGUAGCGAAGAUUAGUCACUUCAUCGGCAGUCUUGGCUGAAUCACCUCGAUCGCCAUCGACUCUAGGUGAAAGAGUAGUAAGUGUGAAGGUAAAAUUAGGUAGCAUUAUGAAUAAAUCCAGCUUUUUAUCUGUCUCGUAGGGAUCCUUUCCAUUAUUCAUUACACUCUCCUCUCCACUAGGCUCAUGUGGCGGUGGCUUGGAGGGCUUUGCUACAACUAUUCGAAUAACUAGACGAGGUGAUUUCACCACAAAUUGCCUUUUUGGUCCCUCGUCAUCCUUAUCAGAUGAAUCACCAGAACCAGCUGAUCCUGAUCCUCCGCUUGAUCCAUCGUCACCUCCUGAGAGAUCUGAAUUAGCUGUUACGAUGCAGAAUCUAUCAACUCGAGGACAUGGCGGGGAGGCUUCAGCAAGAGUUUGACCAUCUGCAUAAAUUUCCGCAUAGGUGUGAAGUCCAUCCAUAUAUGAGGUAGGAUCAGGUAUAAUCUUUGUAUACUGCUUCACUUUUAAUAUAUUGGGUGACCUCUCCGUGUAAGUAUCCAUUUUCAUGA